UUUUUAUUAGCCAAUCAUCUUAAAGUAAUCAAAUUAUAAUAUAUUAAAUUAAAUGUACUAUUUCAUUAAUUUAGAAAAUCAUACAUUUUAACAGAGAAUAAUAAUAAUAAAGUAUGAGAGUAGAGAAAGGAACUAAACACUAUCUGAUCACUGAAUUAUGUUAUAAUAGUGACUAUUCUAAAAAUUUGUUCAAUUAUCAUCUAGUUACUUCAGCAAUUCGUAUUACAUACUAACUUAUUGAAAUGCCAUGUAUACGUGAUCCAUUUCCAUGGUGGUUGCCAUUAGCUUUAUCAUGUUCCAUUGUAUUGAUCACAAUAUUCAUAGGUAUAUUUCGUUGGCUAUACAAAAUUUAUUCACGACAUAAACGUCUUAAAAUUAGAUCAUCACGACAACUCAUACAAUAUAAACAAUUAUCACCAAUGUCCAUUGAUAAUCAACGUACUUUAAGUCUACAGAGUACAAACGAUGAUGUAACAGAUGAUUAUCCAAGUUUAUUUGCCGAUCAUAAAGAUGAUCAAGAAUUUGAUGAAUUUACUGAAUCUGAGGAAAAUAUUGAUUCAAUGCAUAAAAACUGUUCACCAAGUAGAUAUUUAAUAAAUCGUAAUAAGAAAUUACGUCGCAUUAAAACAAUGAAUAGCAAAAAACCUGAUAUAUCAACAUUACCAAUAAUUAAGAUUAAUCAUAUACAUCUGCCUCACCACCACCAACAACAAGAGCAACAACAAGAAGAACAACCACAUAAACCGUUAUUACACAAGAGUAAUAGUGUGAAUUCAUCAAAAACACCUUUAUCUGAUUUACAAUCAUCUCCAUCCUGUUUGGAAACACAAAGUGAUACAACAUAUAUCAAUGAUUUUUUCACUGUAAAACCAACAAAUAAUGAUAUAUUACUGUCGGAAAACUCGACUCCAUCUUACUGGGAAGAAUCAGUUCAAUGCAAUUGGUUUGUUAAUUGGUUUAAGUAUACUCGUUUAGGUAUGUCAGCUAGACAACAACUGAAUAUGAAAUUAUACUGUGAACGAUUUACUACAGUUUCAUAUCCAGCUGGUAAAAUAAUGUUAACUAUCUAUAUUGUUCUCAGUACGGUCUCCUGGCUAUUUUAUGUAGUUGAAAAUAGAAAUAAUCCUCCUGUGAGUAUACGUGGUAUAUGCCAUACAUUACGUUCGAAAAUCCUCAGUUGGAUCAAUUUUGGUAUCAAUUUGUUCUGCUUGGGUUAUUAUAUUUUAAAGCUGUGUGCAGCUACUGAUCGGGUUCGUUUUGUUCUCAGUUUUUCUUCUCUGAUCGAUAUAAUUUCAAUCCCACCGGCUUUAUGCAGUGUUUUUGAAACGCAUCGUCAUAUUGACUUGAAUUUUCUUCGAUCAAUGUGCUUUUUGUAUUAUGUUGAUACGCUCACUUAUUUGGGUGUGAUAACGUCAAAUCAAGGAAUUCAGUCAGCUCGUAUCGUGUUCACAUUGUUCACCAUAUGGAUGGUUGGUAGUGGGAUUAUGCACGUGAUUGAACAUUUGGGAGAUUUUUGGUUGAAUGAAAAUCAUCGUGGUACAUGGAGUUACUUCGAGUCUUGUUAUUUUCUUUUAGUAACAUUAUCUACUGUUGGUUACGGUGAUUAUGUAACCCAUUCAACAUUGGGGAGAUUAUUUAUUUGUAUAUUUAUACCAGUUGCUAUGGGUGUUUCAGCAAGUUUUGUACCAGAGUUAUUUCGUAAUUUCAAUAAUAAUUAUACUAAUUCUUCGGAUCGAUAUGAACCAAUUUCAGGUGAACGACAUGUUAUCGUUUGCGGAAAUUUUGAUAACGAAAGUAUACGAGCUUUUAUCAAAGGUUUCCUUUACGGAUGUCAAGCCAAAGGACGUAUGAGAAUAAACAUGGUACUUUUGAGACCGAUACCAUUGGAUUAUGCACUGAAAGCAAUUCUUAGUCCAUAUCAUGCAUGGGUUCGAUAUUUUGUUGGUACACCGAAUAAUCCACACGAUUUAGCCAGAACUAAAUUAAAAGAAGCACGAGCAGCAUUCAUAUUAGCCACACCAAAUACAAAAUUUCGUGAUGAUGAAGACAGCGCAAAUAUAAUGCAAGCAAUUGCAAUAAAGGCUAGAAAAAAGAAUUUACGCGUUAUUUUGCAAUUGCAUUAUUUUAGAAAUAAGUGUUUAAUGAAUAAUUUUCCACGUUGGACAUAUUUAGCCAACGAUAUGGUAGUUUGUAUGGAAGAACUAAAAUUAGGUUUAAUGGCGUACAAUUGUCUAGCACCGGGUUUCUCAACGUUGAUUGUAAAUCUUUUAAAUGCACAUGGAAGUAAACCAAGAAUAUUUGAAUACGAACGUUGGAGGAUAGAAUAUGAGUAUGGGUUUCGAAUGCAACUACAUGAUGUUGGCAUUAGUCAUGAAUUUUCAAACCUAUUUAUUAGAGACUUAGCUAUUUUUGUUUAUGAAAAGUGGAAUCUUAUUCUACUAGCCAUACGUAUCAAUGGGCUAGAAAAAUCUUCAAUGCUUAUAAAUCCAAUUGAAGUAAACUGUCCAGUGAAUAAUAAUUCAAUGCGCGCUAUAGUUAUAUCUAGUGAUUAUAGUUCUGCUUUAAACUUGCAGUAUUAUUGCAUAACAUGCGAAGGACAUCUAAUUGGUCAACCAUGCAGAUGUAGUCGUCCUGUGUUAGAAAAAAGAAGAAAGAUAACAAUUGCUAGAGACUUAGCACUAUAUGAGCAAAUUGGGAAAGCCAGAGAAAAUGCUGUUAAAGCUGAAACAUGGUCAUAUGAUACUAGAUCUACACACUUUUUUCGUCAUUCAUUUACUGCAACAUCACCUAAUUUAUUACAUGAUACAAGAAAUCUACUAUUUGAUCAACCUCGUGGGCGAAGUGAAACAAGAAAAAUGGAUAUAAAUUCAAGAAAUUUAGCACUUCCAAAUAAUAUUCCAACAAGGUGUAUGAAUUAUUCUCCAAUACGAGCUCCAUCACAUUCAUCACAAGUAGAUCGUACCGGAUCAUUUCAUUGGGUACCAGAUAUCCCACUUACAAGGGCCACGUUGAGCCCAAAUCAAGCAGCAAGUCUGAAUUUUAACAGACAUUUCCUUGUAUGUGUUGCUGGAAAAUCAACAAACGGUCCUCUUAAUUUGGAGAAUUUCAUCAUGCCACUACGGUUCCAUUGGCAACGUGUUCGAGAUAUCGUGAUCCUAGGAGAUAGUCAUUUAAUUGGGCCGUUGGAAUGGGUAAAAUUAAAAAAUCUUCCAAGAAUAUUUAUCGUCGACGGUGAUCCAUGCAGUUUUAAUGAUCUACACUCAGUACAUUUAUGUCAAUGUAAUGCUUGUGUGGUGCUUGGUUACAGUGCGGAAGAGCCUCAUUCACAAUGUGUUGAUCCAAGUCUUCAAGACAGAGUAACAUUAUUGUGUGCAAUGAAUAUUCGAUCAUUAUUGCAAAAAGAACAACAUUUGGUUCAUUUAACAACAGAAUUACACUAUGAAAAAAAUGCCUACUUGUUCAGUUCAGGUGACAUACAUGAAAAUGAUUACAAAUUACCAGUAUGGUUUAGUGAACCAUUUGCUCGGGGGAUUAUUUUUAGCAACACUUUACUAUAUAGCUGUUUGAGCUCUUUCUUUUACAAUGAUAAUAUAUUUCGUUUCCUUCGAGUUUUAAUUUCUGGACAGUCAACUGAUGAACUUGAAGCAUCAUUUUCUGUUGGAGCAGGUCUACAACAACAAGCAACACCACAGUCAGCUCGAAUGGCUGGAGUAAAAGUUUCUUUGAGGGGAUUUCGUCAUGCACCUUUCAAAUUCUUAACUCGAAUAUCACUUCGAUUUUAAAGAUGUUGCCAGAACAAAUAAAUUUAGGAACAAACUGAUUUUAAGUGAUAAUACAUUCGCUAAUGGAGUGUCAGUUAUUGGAUCAUAUGUUUGAUGUCAGAAAAUGAUGUUUGAUGUGAAAUAAACGUUAUUUAUAAAUAAAUGGAUUAUGACAAGUCGACAGAAAGUGUACUACUAUUUUGUUCUAUAUAUAUUUCAUAUUAUAACGUAGUAGAGGCUAUUUAUCAGCUCAAUUUUAUAAAUCAUAAGUAUGUAAUAAAUUAUAAAUUCAUUAGAGAUUUUGUGUAUUCUUAUAAGCCUCUAAUAUGUAACAAAAUAGAAUCAUUUAAAAUAUAUAUUUAACUACAGUAUAAAUAAAUUAUACUACGUAUGAUAAUUUGAGUAUAGUAAAGGAAAUCACUACCAUUUGAAGGGGACCAGUCUGACUGGCUUAGAAUUGUUGUACGAGAAAUAAACUUAAAUGUCUAUGGUUUAUCAUAUUUCGAAAAUCAAAGGGACUUUGUUGUAACUUCUCAAGAGGAUAUUAUUCAAGUUAAAUGUAGAUCAACGAAAAGUCCGAUUAAAAGAUUGGAGUGAAGAAUGGACAAAGAGACAACUAUUUCUAUCUUUUGUAGAUUAUAAAGUAGCAAACUCGCUACAAUACUUAAAACCAUACAUAUAUGGUCAUUUAUAUUUGAGGGAGUCGAACAUUUACGUUUGAUUGAAAAAUAAAUAUUUCAAUUCGAACUACUUAUAAGUACCAUGUAUAUAUUCCUGGUAAAUUGCAAAGGAAAUAACCGUUUCAAAUUUAAUAUUCAUUACACAUAAAAAGGUGAAAUAUGUUUUACAAUAAAUUGUAUAGGCUGAUCGAAUAUAGUUAUCAGUAUUUUGUGAAAAUCAAGAAUUACGUUUU